UAUUAGACAUAUACAAGCAGGUCCUGUCAGAUGCGCAGCGGCGCCGGAGCGCCUUUCCCGCCGGCAAAAAUGAACCCGGGCUGGGUGGAUCCCGGAAUCGGUUCCGAUCGGAAGCCAGUCCGACUCAGAAGAGAUCCCGACACAUUUGGGGUUUAAAUCCCCAAAAGGAGGGACGUUUCGAGGAGAUAUAACCAAGCCGGGGUGUCGCUUUGCCUUGGAAAGGGGCAGAGAAGGAGAGCAACGCGUUCCCACUUUGUUUGAGGAAACCAGGGUGUUGACAGGUCUCUGGAAAUUUUGGGGGCGACCCGAUCCCGCUUUGGGGAGACUGCAACCUUUUUGGAGAGCUCUCGCUGUCCGCGCUGCGGGCCGAAGCAAUCCUUUUCCCUUCCAGGACCUGAUGCAAUCCAUUCAAGCCAACAAGUUUGGAGAGAAUGUUGAGUUCAAUCAAUUCAGAGCGUCGCGAUGGAGCCCCAUUCAGUCCAGUGGGUCGGCUCCCCGUGUGGAUCGCACGGCGCCUACGUUUUCUACAAGGCUUUCCAGAUCCACCUGGGAGGAAACCGGUCCCGGAUCCUCUCCUUGGGCGACUUCUUCUUCGUGAGGUGCAAACCCCAGGAGCCCCUCUGCAUCGCCGAGCUCCAGCUGCUCUGGGAAGAGAGGACUUCCCGGCAACUUUUGUCCAGCUCCAAACUUUAUUUCCUCCCGGAGGAUACUCCCCAAGGAAGGAGCAGCCACCACGGAGAGGAUGAAGUUAUCGCUGCUUCAGAGAAGGUAACAGUGAAGCUAGAAGACUUGGCAAAAUGGGCUCAAGCGGACUUCUCCAAAUGGAAGUGUGGUCUCCGGGGUGAAGCCGUUCGACCCACAGAACUAGGGAAGGAUGGGCAGAAAGAAGCACUGAGUAAAUUCAGGCAAUCCACACACAACAGCGGCCUCAACUUUAAAGACAUUUUGAAGGAAAAGGCCGACCUUGGUGAGGAUGAUGAAGAUGCAAAUGUGCUGAUCCUCAGCUAUCCUCAAUACUGUCGCUACCGGUCCAUGCUGAAACGUAUCCAGGGCAAGCCGUCCUCUGUACAAGCAGACCAGUUUGCGUUAGCCCUUGGGGGCGUUGCUGUCAUUAGCAAAAACCCACAGAUCCUCUACUGUCGAGAUACGUUUGAUCACCCAACUCUUAUUGACAAUGAGAGCAUAUGUGACGAGUUUGCGCCAAAUCUUAAAGGCAGACCACGUAAGAAGAAGCCAUGCUCACAGCGAAGAGAUUCACUCAAUGGUAUUAAAGAUUCCCAUAACAAUUGUGAAGGCAAAGCUGUUGCCAAGAUAAAAUGUGAGGCUAAAUUGCCUUUGCCCAAAACCAAAAAUAACAACAGCAACUGUAAAAAGGGCUCAAAUGAGAAUAAAUCCAAGGCUUCUGCAGGCAAUGAAUUCCAAGCAGAUGAACAGGCAUUCCUUGUGGCACUUUAUAAAUACAUGAAAGAAAGAAAAACACCAAUUGAACGGAUACCCUACCUCGGUUUUAAGCAAAUUAACCUUUGGACUAUGUUUCAAGCUGCUCAAAAACUGGGAGGAUAUGAAACAAUAACAGCCCGUCGACAAUGGAAACAUAUUUAUGAUGAAUUAGGUGGUAACCCUGGAAGCACAAGUGCAGCCACAUGUACUCGUAGACAUUAUGAAAGAUUAAUCCUGCCAUAUGAAAGAUUUAUUAAAGGAGAGGAAGAUAAGCCACUGCCUCCUGUGAAACCUCGAAAGCAAGAUAAUGUCGCUCAGGAGGGGGAAAAUAGGAUAAAAUUGUCUGGAACAAAACGCAUCAAAAAUGAAAACCAAAAAAGCAAGAAAGAAAAAGACAAUGUGCAGAAACGCCAGGAUGCAUCUGAGGUUCCAUCAGAACAAGGGAAGGAUCAAGAAUGCCCAAACCAGAAAAACCUAUCUGAACUGACAACAGCAGAAGAAAUGAAGCUGUCUGCAGAAGGGCUACAGAUUUCUCCAACAGAUGCAAUUGGGACAUCUUUGGAAAUGGCUGAUGUGAAGGAAAUCGACUCCAGUUAUGAGGAGGCCAAAGAGGAGAUGCUAUCUGAGGAGUCUUUUUCAAGCACUUCACUGCUUGCAGAAGACGACAUUGUCUUGGACUCUACAGCCAGGAAUCUCCUCAGUCCAUCAGAAGACCAAGAAGAGCCAAAGCUGGAACAACGUGCACCUUUUUUUGCUGACAAUCUUGAAAGUGACACCCAAGAAACUCAAUUUAGUAACUUCCCCACCAUCCACCUACCACUGCCAAGUCAAAAUGAUAUGGAAGAUGAUAAACUUCCAGAGAUGGCAGAUUACAUUGCCAACUGUACGGUUAAAGUGGACCAGUUAGGAAAUGAAGACAUACACAAUGCACUGAAACAGAAUCCCAAAGUCCUUGUAGUACAGAAUUUUGACAUGUUUGACAGAGUGAAUUCAACAGAGAGAGAAACACCAAGUUCCCUCAGUGGUGAUCCUAAUUUUGGUUACACACCACUUCUCUAUUCCAAAGGCAACCCAGGCAUCAUGUCACCACUGGCAAAGAAGAAACUUCUGUCACAAGUCAGUGGGGCAAACCUCUCCUGUAGUUACCCUUAUGGUUCACCCCCACCUUUAAUCAGCAAGAAGAAACUGAGUGGAAAGGAAGACUUGCUGUCAAACAUGUCCCAAGCUUCUCAUGCCCCUUUGAUGGACACUGGGGCAGUGAGCAGGCCCUCUGUGAUCCAACAUGUACAGAGUUUUAAACCCAAGAAUCUGGAGGAAAGAAAGUCUGCUAGUGAAACAUACAGGCACGAAUCACUACUAAAGAAAACAGAUCCUGAAUGUUGUGACUUUUCCAAGCAGCACCUGAGCACACUGGCUGAAUCCUAUGCACUCAAGUCAGAAAUCCAGGACAUGAAAGACAGAAUGAAUGAAAAAAGGGCCUUGCACCACUCCCAUAUGCCCAGCUUCUUGGCAGAUUUUUACUCAUCUCCUCACCUGCACAGCCUUUACAGGCACACUGAACACCAUCUUAAUAAUGAAUACUCAUCAAAAUAUCUCCCUCGUGACAUGUACAGAGACACGGAAAACAUUUCCAUGUUUCCUCAGCACAGGCACCAAGACAAACAUAGCUUAGCUUAUCACCCCCCUUUGCACCAACAUGAGAAAAAGAGCCCCAUGGAAGCCUCAUCAGAUGAUCAGCCAACAGAUCUGAGUCUUCCAAAAAAUACCCACAAACAGACUGCAAAAACUCUGGGAUCUUCCCUUUUGCACACUUCAUUGGGACAACAGGAGAGCAAAAGCAUAUCCCAGUUUCAAGCCUUGAGCAGCCAUCCUCUGAGCAUAGAGUGUAACCCCAAAGCCUGUCGGGUUUCUCCAAUGACUGUUUCCUCCAAAAAACAUGGUGAGCCACUUGUCAGGUCUGCCAAGCCACCAAAUUUGAGGAGGAUGGAAGGAAUGGUCCAUCCAAUCCUAAGCCACAAAGCCAAUGCUCAAACCGUUGGGUCAGCUCGGCCUCUGAAGCGUAGCAUAGAGGAUUUGGACAAAGCAGUUUCGGAAAAGAAGGUCCGAGCUGUCUCACCCCUCUGUGUACCAAAGGACAUCCCCAUGAAAGACAAGGGUCUUGAGCAAGAGGCUGAGAGCAGCAAAUCUGUACAUGGCCUACCUCCCAGUGGGAUGCUGGAAGGCCACAAAUUUCCCCUUUCAAGCCCUAUCUUUACUGGCUUAUACCCAGGGACUUUAUGCAGUGGCCUGAGCAGCCGCAUUCAAGCUGGUUACUCUCAUCCUCUGCAUUACUUGAAAAAUCAGACAGUGCUUUCACCUCUAAUGCAGCCUUUGGCUCUCCAUUCAUUCAUGGUGCAAAGACAGUUCCUUACAUCCCCUGGAAAUUCGCAGCAGCUUUACAGGCAUUUAGCUGCAACAACACCUGUAGGAAAUUCGUACGGUGACCUUUUGCACAGCAACAUUUAUCCUUUGGCUGCUAUCAAUCCUCAGGCUGCAUUCCCGCCUUCUCAGCUAUCUUCUGUACAUCCAAGCACAAAACUGUAAAUCCUGCUUUCAAACACAACAAACAAACUACAUUCCUUUAGCCUGUGAUGUCUUGCGAGAUUUAAAACAAAACCAACAAAAAUAUCAAUAUUUGUGUUAACCAACUAGCGGUUUUGUGGAAUGCUUCAGUUUUGAUUAAGACAAGGCUGUGGUUUAGUUGGGCUUCACUUUUCUCCUCUGGCUUUCAUGUCUGCUCCUUCUGUGGUGUUUUCCCAUGCACAAGAAGGAUCUGUAUCUUGCUCAAAAUGAAUGUGAGAGCAGACCAGGUGGCACAUUCCUAAUCUUGGAGAAAAAGAUCUUUAUUAUUUGUCCCUUCCCCCGCCCAAGAGUGUGGGUUUUGGAGCAUUUCAAAUAGGAAAAAAAAGAGGCAGGUCUGAUGACAGAGAAGGUAGGAAACACAUAUGAUCUAUGGAUGUUGUCUCUUCGGGUACCAUUUGGGUUCCUGGCUUCUCAGAGCUCAAAUCAAUGCAAUGUACAGUAAAACAUGUCAAUAUUCAACUUAACACUAUCAGAACAGAAAAAGUAAACACUGUUAAAUUAGAUUGUACAUAUCUAUUUCAAAAACGAAAGAAAUGCCAGUGUCAACGUCACUUGUAUAAUUGAUGUAAAUUCUUGUUUCCAACUAUUCUUGUUGCUCUGUUUUGUUUGUUUUUUAAAUUAAAUAGUUUCUUUUUAUCUGCAGCUUUUUUGGUAAAAAAAAAAGGCUCUGGCAAUUGAGGGCUUUCAAAAAUUGCAUUUCCCCCAUUUCCUUUUUCCUUGGCUUAUAUUUUAGAGCAGCUUUGGGGGGGAUGUCAUUGUUUACAAAAAAAAAGCAUACAUUUUCAAUGAACUUUUUCAAUGUUGGAAGCAUACUGUAGAUCAUACAAUGGUGCAAUUCGGUUCUAAGUAUAGUUCCUUCUGCAGUGACCUGAUCCUGAAAGGUGCUGAGCAUUGCUUCACCCACCACAGUGGUUUUCAAGCUGUUUGUACAUGGCUGUUUUACUGACUGCUGAGAUUUUGCUUUCCUCACAUCAUGGUCUGUAAAUUUGUUAAGGAUUGUUAUUUAACCUUAUCUAGGCUGUGAGAUUGUCCUGCAUACCAGAGGGGGAAUAUAUUCAGGACUGCACUGACAACAAGUUAUUCAAUAACAUUUGAAUGCAGGGGAUCUUUCUUGUGUGCUUGAAACUAUUUCAAGAAUGUCAGCCAUUGAAAUAGAUAUUAGAGAGGGGGAUAAAAAAAGAUGGCCUGAAAUCCGUGGUUCUAAAGAAGGAUCUGUGGAAAGAGAUUGAGACCAAGAGCAGAAUAUAGAGUUUUAAUUGUCUGAGCAAAUUUGACUGUGUAUUGUUUAUGCUGCCUCUUUGAACUUCAGCAAAGUGCCAAACAUCCCACUGUGAUCCAGCAAAUUACUAUACAACACAUGCAGAUUACUAUUAAGCAUGAACAGCAGCUUAAUUUACAAGCCAAAGCACUUGGCUCCUGACUUUUUGGUUCAGUUGAAUUCUUUUACAGUAAAGCUUGGGCAUCUUGUCAUUGACUCUGUAGAGAGUGUUCCUGCAGAAAGCCAGCCUCAUUUCAAGAGUGAUGUUUGGCUAGUGCUCAGAAUAUUUCAGAAUUCAGACAGUGGCAGAAAAAUUUGGAAAAUAAUUUUGAAAGGGCAAAUUUCUUUUCAAUCAAGGAAAACUUUGAUGGGCCAACAAAUGCAACUCCAUUCAUUGAUUCCCUCCUGCACAAGCAGGGAGAACUUUGGAUAAAACAUCUCUCCUUAUUUUCCACUAUGUAUUUAUCGUGUCAGGAGCAGACCAAACAGUUGCAUUGCAUUUUUAAACAAACAAACAAACAAACAAAACACAAAGUUUGCAAGUUUGGUAAUUGAUUAAAUGUCCUUUGAUCAGUAGCUGCCCACUUGGAGUGCCUCUGGUGUUGCUGCAAGAAGGUCCUCCAUUUUCCUCUUAUUCUGAUGUUAUUGGCAAAGCAUAGGUACUUUUGACACUCUGUCUGCCCUCAUGUGAAUAGCAAGGUAGCAUUUCCACUUAAGUCAACUCUAGUUUGCUCUUGUUUUGACUUGUUUGUGACCACCUGGUGUUCAAAGGGAGAAACGCCUUACAUUGCCUGCUGCUCAUAUUGAGGGAAAAAGUGGCUGAAACAACCAUUUGCUUUCAGUUUUUAUGCAAACAAACACAAAAUAGUCCAUGUAAAAAUGGAUCUUUAACUACAUUUUAAAUGCAUUUUAUAAUGCAGUGCACAUUCGUAAAUGUAAUUUUCUUCAAACCAAUUUUAAAUGUUUUGUCUCAUAAAAUGAUUAUUUUUUUAAAAAAACAACCUCACACAUUUCAUCAUGAAAUGUGUGCAUGAAUUCCAAAGAAUCAUUUUGUCCUGAUUUGCACAUUCAUCUCAGAAGCAUGGAUAAAAUCAGCUCAUUCUGGAUUUUGAAAACAAUAAAUUCUGGUACAAAAUGCCUUUUUAUCCCGCUUUGAGUGGUUGGCUGGAGGCCUAAUAAGGGGAAAUGAACCCUCUUUUGCUGUUCACAUGGGCAGAAAGACAGAAGAGUAUUGAGCAACUCUUGUCUUGUGAUAAAAUUUAUCUGUGGGAAUGUGUCAGAUGGAUAUAUUCUAAAUCAGAUGCAAUGCUGAAGACUAGAUUAAAAACUCACCCCUACCCCCAGCCCCUCAGUUUCCUCGAUUUUACAUUCCUCUUACAUAAUGCCCCAUCACAAUGCCAUUUCUCACUUAAAAUGAGUUGGCUUUCAGGUGCUGCAACGUCCUUGGUUCUGUUCAAAUUAUGUAAAGGAUGCCAGUUUACACUGAUUGGAAGUAGUAGUAUGAAUAGUAUGGUCCAUAUCAAUCUCUCCCCUUGAAUUUCUGGUUUCUACUCCCCAAAGGAGAGUAGACAUUGCCUCUUUGGUGCAAUUGCCAUUGAGGAGCUGGCACAAGGAAAGUGUGAUGCAGAUGGAGUCCUUUGGUCUUCCCCCCUCCCCAAAAUAAAAACCCUACAGGCAGCCAUGUAUGACAAUCACAAGAUACCAUGUUAGAAAUGAAAAAUUCAUGGGAAACUGGUCAUCCUACAGUAGAACUGAUUUUUAAGACACUUCAUUGCUAUGGCUCUUGAGGUAUGGACAGUUCCGGAGAGAGGUUGAACUUGGAAGCAUUAUAUAGUGUGUAAAUUCUCUAUGAUCAGUAUCCAUCCAAGUUGCAAUUCAAAUUCAGUGAUCAUGGAAACCAAAGGAAAUGAGUGGAAACUACUCAAACAACACUGUGCAUGCAUGCCAGACAUCCUAUAUUAACAUUUCCUGUGAUAUGAAGCCAAUUGCAAUAUCUAGUGUAACCUAUUUAAUAUACAAUGGUGAGGAAACCAGAUUAAUACAAACCUACUGUUAAGGAUCAAUGUUAUCUUCAAUUAAAUGCUUUUAUGUCCUUGUGAUAAAAAUAUAUGAACUGAUGAUACAUACGCAGGCUAGUAGAAUUUAGAAUAGAAAUGUGCCAAUGCAAUAUUUUCUUUUUCUUGCUGUGCUGCAAAUAUUGAAAAGAAGGAAAAAAAAAACAAUCAUAGUUUAUCAAAUGCCAUAAAGAAGGUAUUGUUAGUCAAAUUGCACUAAACCUGACUAAUACGAUAAUUGAGGGGGGGGGGGACUUGGGCAGGAUUAUACAGGCCUGCAAUGAAUAUUCUCGCAAUCGCAUGACUGGUAUUGUAAUCCAAGAUCUCUCAUUUGUUUGGGAUACUCUGCAUGUAGGAUGGCCUGAUGGUACCUCUUAUAUUAGGGGAUGCUCCUUGUUUUAGAAGGAUUGCCCCUUGCUUUGGGACUGCACAGGUUUGUAAAAAACUCUUCUUCGCCCUCAUCAAGGGAUUUACCGCAAGCAAAGGCAGCCCCGAUUUGUUCAGAGCUCCCACCCUUCUCUCCUCAUUUAUAUAGCGAAGAUGGAGCUCUACACAGUCCUUUUCCAAAUCUCACAGUUCUUUUUUAAAAGGUGUAUUGUCUUUGGAUGUUUGAUCUGGUAACCAUAAUCUGUUAAGUCUUAACCUCAUGUAUGUCUUCUGCACAUCUCCAAUUUCAGCUGCAUUGUAUCAUUUUUUUUUCUGAAAAAGAUCAAAUUAUUCUGAAACAUCAGGGUUAAUUAAUUUUCCCCUUCUUUUGUUCAGUAGAAGAAUGGGUUUGUUUUAGAAAACCCAAGAUAGACUGUCCAAGAUGAGGGCAACAGGGGCAUAAAUCUGUGAGCGAGUGGGGGAUCAUAAUGCUUAAAGACCUUCUUUUUAAAAAAAUUCUAUGAAUUUUAUUAAGUAUUAAAUUUUCCACUGGCAGAUAACUACUUUCUGUGUCUUAAAUGGCGCUUUGUUUGCUUUGUUUAAGUUCAAGGGGCCUUAUUAUUGAAUGAAAUUGCACAAGUUUUUCUUUGUGCAAUCAAGCCAUUGUUAUUGGUCGGCUGGUAAAGGAAACAGUGAAAUCUAAUUGGCAACAGAGUAAUAAAUCUAUUUACCAAGAGCCCAUUCCAGGAAAUGUUGUAAUUCCAACACACUCUGUUCAGGAUUUAUUAAAGAUUCUGAAGGCUAGUGAGAUUACAAAAGACAAAGAAAAACAUGUUUCAUAUAAAGUCUUGUUAGAAGCUGUUCACUUUAUCGGGAUUUGGGGGGGAGGGGGCAGAGUAUUUCGGGUGAGGCCUUUUGUAAUUGCUUCCUUCCUUUAAUAAUCAAAAGAGAUAGAGGAGUUCGCCAUUGUAAUCAAUGCCCACAAUAAAGCAAAGACAUUUUUCUAGCUUGUUGAAUUGCCACAUGUAUCCUUAAGCCAGCAUGCAGGGCACAUAUGUAACUGUGGCUUUUUGGAUUCUGUUCAAAGAAGCCUUUGGAGUAGUGCAUCAGUUGCCAUUCCGAUGAUUUCUCUAACGCCUCUCUGGGUAGUAUGUACAUUGGCCUUUCACAUUUGCAAGCUUGAUUCAUUAAUUUGAUGAACAUGGGUUGUUGUAGGUUUUUCCGGGCUAUAUGGCCAUGUUCUAGAGGCAUUUUCUCCUGACGUUUUGCCUGCAACUAUGGCAAGCAUCCUCAGAGGUAGUGAGGUCUUGCCAUAGUUGCAAGUGAAAUGUCAGGAGAAAAUGCCUCUAGAACAUGGCCAUAUAGCCCGGAAAAACCUACAACAACCCAGUGAUUCCGGCCAUGAAAGCCUUCGGCAAUACAUUGAUGAACAUGUUCCCCCUAGGAAUCUCUAGGGUCUUCGGGCAUAACUGUGCUUAAUGUCCAUCAUAGAGUUGUUCUAGAAGACCUACAAACUCCUAGGGAGAACACUUCCCUAGGCCUUUGUAGAUCCUCCAGCUUAAUUCUAUGAUCAACCUUCAGCAGACGGUUGUGCUGGAGGACCUAGAGAUCCCUAGAAAAAUGUUAUCACAUAGAAAAAUGUUUAUUAUUAUUUAUAGUUUUUCCACUCUUGUGUGGGUCUUGCAGUCCAAACCCCAGCAAAAGUGGAGGCCUGAGCAUACAUAUUUGUGACCAAGAGAAUGCUAGAAUAGUUGGUUAUGUCUUUGCCCCAAUGUUUACAUUACCCCAGAAUAUAGUGUGGUUGUCCUUCAUAGAGACAUCUGACCAUGCUAUCAGCAAUAGUCUCCUGUGGAGUAUGGCUGUCUCCUGGUUGGUAUGUAAACAAAUAACCCAGCCCAACGGUAUCAAUGGACCCAGAGCAAGUCACAAGUAACUUCCAGAAUCUGAGAAUGGCAUGGUCAUUCCAUGAAUUGAAGUCCCCCAAAAUAACUUCCCAAUGCUCUGGUAUAGAAAACACUUAGGAAUGGCCUAGGAGCAAACAGAGAGAAGGCUGUGGCCAUCCUAAUUCUGUGUGGCAUUGAGUAGGGAGCAACAUUACGUUGAAUAUUUUGUUCAGUAAUAGUGUCCAUGAACUCUCAAAAUCUUGUUGUAUACUGCUGUGGGGCUAAUGAAUGGCAGAAACAUUUUUGUGGUUGUGUGCCUUUAAAGGAAGAAGCUGAUUUUUAAAAACUCAUUUAUUAUUGCACUUGCUCAAAUUGUGCAGCAGUGAGCAUAGUCAAACCUAGCCCCUUUUCACAAUUUGUAUCACUUACAGUGGGGGUGAAAUCACUGACAUGAGGUUUGCAGUAUUGAAACCAUUGUCAUAAGCACUUAACCAGUGUUUGCUGUAAAUGUAUUUGAUAUUUUACAUGUAUCCCCCCCUAGUUUUAAAUAUGAUCUAACAAAGGCAGCAUAAUCUACUAGCUGUGUAUACUUUCUUUCAAACCUUCAUUUGUUGUAAAUAGUGUAAACAUUCUUGUGAUCUGAGUUAUUGUAGGUUAUAUGCUCCGUAAGGUGACUAUUUGUAUAUAGAACAAAGUGGCCCAGUAAUAUUAUAGCUUCCCAUUUUUAAAAAAUAAAAAUAAAAGGGUUAUUGAGUAACCUUUCACAUUAAAUAAGUUUAAACACUACCAGAAAGAAAGAAAAGCUGAGCCAACUAUAAACACUCAAUUUUUGUAUGUUUUCCAAAUUGUACGUAUUACUGCUUUUGAUACUGUAUUAUGUGCCAAUAGUUUCCCAAUCACAUAGCAAGCAAAAGAUAUUUUGUACUUUUUGAUUCACUGUAAUAUUUAAUAAAAAAUGUUAUUAUCUGUC